AUGAUUCUAUCUGUCACAGACUGUACUGCAUUAAAAGCAGUGGAAAAACAGAAGAGAAAAGAUGGUUCAGAAGAGUCUGAUGCAUCAGCAGAAGUGUCAGGAAGUUUUCCAGUGAUUCACUGCAAGACACAAGAACCAACUGGGAAAAAUUCAUAUUAUGUUAUUACUUUCUCUUUUAUCUUCCUCUUUGUUUCAUCCGUCUCAUUAUCUCCACCUGCCCUUUACCUUGUACAAUUCUAUGAGAGCCUUCCCAAGUCUUCUCAACAUCUCCUGCCAUGGAAACUGUCCAAUUCAUCAUCAUCAUCAUCUCCUUCUUCUCACUGUCAAUGGUUUGGAGUUUCUUGCUACACAAACAAGAGUUUUCAAGUCAAGGCUUUGAAUCUCUCAGGCUUAGUCUUGUCUGGUGUGUUGAACAACUCCAUUACUUAUCUCUGCCGCCAUAAAGGGUUGCUCUCUCUUGAUCUAAGUGGUAACAAUUUCAGUGGUGGGAUUCCUGAGCAGCUUGGAAACUGUGGCCAACUCAAGACACUUCUUCUUAAUGACAACAGCCUUGAUGGAACAAUCCCAUUUAACCUCUUCCAAUCUAAGAGGUUAUCAAUGCUUGAUUUGGGUUAUAACUCUCUCUCUGGUGAUAUACCUGCUGAGGUAAGCUUCUGCACCAAACUAGAAUACAUUGGCUUUCACAACAAUUACUUGACAGGACAGGUACCAAGUGGAGUCUUUUCACUACCAAAUUUGAAGUUCUGUUAUCUAAAUACAAACAACUUAACUGGGUCUUUACCAGAUUUUCCUCAAUCUUGUGAAAUUUCUGAUCUUUGGAUUCAUGAGAAUUCAUUUUCUGGAUCACUACCAAAGACUCUAAGCAGUUGUCACAACCUCACUGCUUUUGUAGCCUGUCAUAACAAGUUUGGAGGAGUUAUUCCACCAGAGAUGUUCAGGGAUCUUUUGCAACUUGAAGUACUUUAUCUUGAUGCAAACAUUUUAGAAGGAGAAAUCCCAGAAACAUUAUGGGGUCUUAGAAAUUUAAAGGAGCUUGUUCUUUCUGAAAACAAGAUUAAUGGGACCAUAUCUGAGAACAUUGCUAAUUGCACUAAGCUAAAUGCAGUAGCACUCUCAGCUAACAACCUGGUGGGUCAGAUUCCUCAUUCAAUUGGAGAUCUCAAAUAUUUGAAGAGUUUGUUGCUCUUUGAUAACAUGAUUAAUGGCUCUUUACCGUCCGAGCUUGGAAAUUGCGGUUCACUUACUGAACUUAGGCUUCAGAGUAACUUCAUUGGAGGAGUAAUUCCAAAAGAAAUUUUCAAACUUGAAAAGCUUGAAGUUCUUUAUAUGUUCAACAACAAGUUGGAGAACAUUAUUCCACAGAACAUAGGGACAAUGAGCAGCCUUGUGGAGUUGGCUCUUUAUAACAACAGUUUGACUGGUGGAAUCCCAUCUGAGAUAAGCCAUUUGAAGAAACUUAAGUUUCUUUCUUUGGCUCACAACAGACUCACGGGUGAGGUGCCGUUGGAGCUUGGGAAAUACAACUCUCCUGGAUUAGAGAAACUGGAUUUGACUGGUAAUUUGCUAGCUGGACCGAUCCCUUCUGGUAUAUGCACCGGAAAUAGUCUCUCGGUUUUGACCCUUGGACAUAACCGUUUCAAUGGGAUUUUUCCCAGAGAGAUUGCAACAUGUUCAUCUCUCAAGAGAGUGAUUCUUAGUAACAAUCUUCUGCAUGGGACUAUACCAGCUGAUUUGAAUCAUAAUUCUGGAAUCUCUUUUUUAGAGGUUCAAGAUAACUUGCUUGAGGGAACAAUACCAUCAGCACUUGGUUAUUGGAGAAAUCUCACAAUGCUUGAUUUUUCAAGAAACAAACUAUCCGGGUCUAUACCUUUCAAGCUUGGAAAGCUUCAGAAUCUUCAGAUUCUUAGACUUUCAUCUAACAGGCUAAAGGGAAGCAUCCCCCCUGAGCUUAGUUAUUGCAGAGGCAUUACAAAACUGGACCUUAGCAAGAACAAUCUCUCAGGAAAAAUCCCUUCAGAUAUCAUCACAUCAUUGACAAAGUUGCAAAGUCUCGUCCUUGAAGAGAACAGACUAAUUGGUCCUAUUCCAGACACUUUCUCUUCUCUUCACAGCCUCAAUGAACUGCAGCUAGGUGGCAACAUGCUUGAAGGCUCUAUUCCUUGUAGUUUGACUGAACUUCACCAUUUCAGUACAAUUCUUAAUCUCAGCUAUAAUGGGCUCUCUGGUAAAAUCCCAGAAUGCCUUGGGAACUUAGACAAGCUACAAAUUCUUGAUCUCUCAAGCAACAACUUCUCUGGCGAGUUACCAACUGGACUUAAUAGCAUGAUCUCCCUAAUCUUUGUCAACAUCUCAUUCAAUCACCUCUCUGGGAAAAUUCCCUCUGCCUGGAUGAAAUUAGCUGCUUCAUAUCCAGGUUCUUUCAUUGGCAACCAAGAACUUUGUUUACUAGGCACUGAGGCUAAGAACUGUGAGCAGGCUAGAGUUUCCAUGAAGAAAAGCCAAAUUAUUCCUGGCGUGGUUAUAGGCGUGGUGAUCUCGGUGACACUUCUUUGCAUUGUCUUCUAUGCGUUAGUAGUUCGUGUCCUUGCACAGAAACAUAAUCUUGAUGAAUCUCUGCUACCUGAAUGUCAACCGAAAAGUGAAUUCUUACCAAAAGAUUUGAACUUUGAAGAAAUUAUGCGUGCAACUGAAGGAUGGAAUGAGAAGUAUGUGAUUGGUAGAGGAAAGCAUGGAGCAGUUUACAGGAUACAAUCAAAUUCAAGAAAGCAUUGGGCAGUCAAGAAGGUAAAUUUGUCUGACAGAAACUUCAUAAUCGAGAUGAGAACUCUGAGCAUGGUUCGACAUCGAAAUGUAGUGAGAAUGGCAGGCUAUUGCAUCAAAGAUGGCUAUGGUUGUAUUGUGACAGAAUACAUGCCUGGAGGAGCUCUCUUUAGUGCACUACACAAGAGUGAACCUCGUUUGGCUUUAGACUGGGCAACUCGAUUCCGCAUUGCUUUUGGUAUUGCACAAGGACUUUCUUACCUUCACCAUGAUUGUGUCCCACAAAUUAUUCAUAGAGAUGUUAAAUCAGACAAUGUUCUAUUGGAUUCUGAACUUGAGCCUAAGCUUGGAGAUUUCGGGACAGCAAGGAUAUUGGUUAGUGAUUCUGAAACAAGCUCUACUAGGUCUGCCAUUGUAGGAACAUUGGGCUACAUUGCACCAGAGAAUGCAUAUUCAACCCGGGUGACAGAGAAAUGUGAUGUAUACAGCUAUGGAGUGAUUUUACUAGAGCUUCUCUGCAGAAAGAUGGCAGUAGAUCCAAGCUUUGAAGAAGGCCUUGACAUUGUGUCCUGGACAAGGAAGAGCCUAGAGGAGAACAGUGACUGCCUAUGCUUAUUCGACGAGGAAAUAAGUCAUUGGGAAGAAAGUGAGCAACAAAAGGCACUGAGUUUACUCGAUCUGGCACUUGAAUGCACAGAAACUUUGCCUUCUAUGAGACCCUCAAUGAGAGAUGUCGUAGGAUUCCUCAUCAAGUUGAAUGACAGGAAUGAAUAGUAAAUGAAGUAAACUGUUUUUUUAUCACUGUAAUGAACUGAAAUAGUAUUCUGGAACAAUGUCGCUUGCAUAUCACAAGGAUUUGGAGAGCAUGUUAUUUGAACUUGAAUGAAGUUUAAAGAAGGGAUUAUGUUGCAACUAUUGUUACUAGUUCAACACUUGAUUAGUCUAACAAACUAUACUAACCAACUGUUGUGAAUUCUAAUAACAUUUACAUCAUCAAACAUUGCUUAUAAUGAAGUUGGUCUCGUAAGUCAACCAGUCAGAUUUGUAGUUUGAUCCUACAAGUUCUGAGAUUCGAGUCCUUCAUAGUAAUUGUUAUAAUUUCAUAUUACAUAAAUGUUGUAAG